GUGUCAUUCUCUUUAUGUGAAUUUGCUGACUCAUUCUGAGCACCCUCGGGGAUUUCCAAACUAUGCAAUAGCGUCUCCGUAGAAGACUAGGCUGAUUGCUGCAUUGCACAAGGAGGCGACUGCUCUGUAAACAAGUUGGACCCUAGCUGAUCAUACAUCUACAACUUAACUCUUGUAUAAAGUAUGGCGUUAUCAUCUGAAGGCAACGCACUUCAGUUCAACCUGGACCUUGAGGAGCUCAAGCGAGAGAGCGUGGAGAUGAUGGUGGGACGUGAUGGGGACGAGGACUCUUCACAGUUCUCCAUGUCACCACGGGAACAACACGACCAAGAGACGGAGAUGUGUCUACGGAUGUUUGAGACGUGGGCCCAAACACGACAGACAGAGUUUGUGGAGCAAGUGAUUGCACGCAUGAGCUUCAACCAACACGAGCAUCUGUACACCAUUCUAAUGCCCAUGCUCCAACGUGACUUCAUCACCGUCCUGCCUAGCAAGGGCCUUCACCACAUAGCCUACAAGAUCCUAUCCUAUCUCGAUGCCAAGUCUCUGUGUAGAGCUGAGCUGGUGUGCACUGAAUGGUUUCGUGUUGUCGAGGACGGACUGCUGUGGAAGAAAAUUAUCGAGAUGAAGGUUGCCACAGAUACCGUAUACAAGGGUCUAUCUGAGCGCAGGGGGUGGUCCAAGUACUUGUUUCGUCAUGUACCCCAAUCAGAGGGGUUGGCCCACCAGUACUACCGCAAGCUAUACCCUGCCAUUAUCAAGGACAUAGAGAGGAUGGUGGCUAACUGGAAGAAUGGACACCAUUCUCUCACCCGGAUUGAGUGUCACAGUGAGAACAGCAAGGGAGUCUAUUGUCUGCAGUACGAUGACAAGAAGAUCGUGAGUGGGCUCAGAGACAACACCAUCAAGGUGUGGAACAGGCAUACUCUGGAGUGUAUUCGUAUCCUUCAAGGCCACACUGGCUCUGUACUCUGUCUCCAGUAUGAUGAGGACGUUGUUGUCACGGGGUCCAGUGAUUCAACCAUACGUGUGUGGGAUGUGGCCAGUGGUACAAUGCUCAACACUCUGGUCCAUCAUUGCGAGGCUGUGCUCCAUCUGAGGUUCUGCAACAAGACAAUGGUCACCUGCUCAAAGGAUCGUACCAUUGCCGUGUGGGACAUGCGCAGUACCAAGGACAUUGUUCUGAGGAGAGUUCUCGUGGGGCACAGGGCAGCAGUCAAUGUGGUGGACUUUGAUGACCGAUAUAUUGUGUCUGCCUCUGGAGACAGAACCAUCAAGGUUUGGCGGACGUCUACUAGUGAGUUUGUGCGGACUCUUCAUGGACACAGAAGAGGGAUAGCUUGUCUACAGUACCGUGGCAACCACGUAGUGAGUGGGUCAUCCGACAAUACCAUCAGGAUAUGGGACAUUGAGUUGGGGGCGUGUCUGCGGCUGUUAGAGGGCCACGACGACUUGGUCAGGUGCAUACGCUUCGAUGACAAGAGGAUUGUCAGUGGAGCUUAUGACGGUGCCAUCAAGGUGUGGGACUUCCAGGCUGCACUGGACCCACGCACUCCUGCAGACGCCAUCUGUCUCAGAACACUCGUGCAAGAGCACACUGGUCGAGUGUUCAGACUUCAGUUUGAUGACUUCCAAAUAGUGAGCAGCUCUCAUGACGAUACCAUUCUUAUCUGGGACUUCCUGGACCCGGAAGGUCCACCUGCCCCCAUGGAAACUGACCAAUCAGAUAGCAGUACGAGAACAGUGUCGUAGCUCACCACACCCACCCAUCAUACAAAUCACUAGUUCUGUCUGUCUUGGUCUUUGUAUACUCAUACACUGUAUGUAUGUACCUGCUUGUGCAUGUAUUCCUUCCUGUCUCGUCAGAUUGUUCAGAAAUUGUAAUACAUUUAUUGAAACACCUGAA